AUGGAGAACAAGCCGAAGACAAAGAUCGUAUGUACCCUGGGCCCUUCAUGCAGGUCCGUCCCUAUGCUCGAGAAGCUGUUGAAAGCUGGUUUGAACGUCGCUCGUUUCAAUUUCUCUCAUGGAUCUCACGCCUACCAUCAAGAAACUCUUGAUAAUCUCAGGGCCGCCAUGAUCAAUACCGGUAUCCUCUGCGCCGUCAUGCUCGAUACCAAGGGUCCUGAGAUUCGAACAGGUUUUCUCAAGGAUGGUAAAGUUCAGCUGACACAGGGUCAAGAAAUCACCAUCACCACCGACUAUGAAAUAAAGGGUGAUGCGAAACUGAUAAGCAUGAGUUACAAGAAGUUGGCUUUUGACGUAAAACCAGGGAUGGUCAUACUCUGUUCCGAUGGGACAAUCUCGUUCACCGUCUUGUCUUGCGACACAGAUAAGGGUUUGGUUCACUGUCGGUGUGAGAACUCUGCUGUUCUUGGUGAGAGGAAGAAUGUUAACCUCCCGGGGGUUGUCGUCGACCUCCCGACCUUGACGGAGAAAGACAAAGAAGAUAUCUUGGGAUGGGGAGUUCCUAACAAAAUCGAUAUGAUUGCUCUUUCUUUCGUUCGAAAAGGCUCGGAUUUGAUCGAGGUUCGUAAACUGCUUGGAGAGCAUACUAAGAACAUUCUCCUCAUGUCCAAGGUUGAAAAUCAAGAAGGGGUGGCGAAUUUUGAUGACAUCCUUGCAAAUACAGAUGCGUUUAUGGUGGCACGAGGUGACCUAGGAAUGGAGAUUCCGAUUGAGAAGAUAUUUCUAGCACAGAAAGUGAUGGUUUACAAGUGCAACAUCCAAGGCAAACCUGUUGUCACAGCCACGCAAAUGUUGGAGUCCAUGAUAAAAUCUCCCCGGCCAACCAGGGCCGAAGCCACCGAUGUUGCCAAUGCAGUUCUCGAUGGCACUGAUUGCGUGAUGUUAAGUGGUGAAACCGCUGCUGGAGCUUACCCUGAACUCGCGGUUCGGACAAUGGUUAAAAUAUGCAUAGAAGCUGAAAGCACGAUCGAUUAUGAAGAUGUGUUCAGAAGGAUCAUGAAACACUCACCCGUGCCUAUGAGUCCCUUGGAAAGCUUGGCUGCCACGGCUGUUAGAGCAGCAAAUUCAGCAAGUGCAGCUCUUAUAUUGGUGUUAACAAGGGGAGGAAGUACCGCGAAGCUGGUGGCUAAGUACAGGUCCGGGAAGCCGAUUUUAUCAGUGGUAGUCCCGGAGAUAAAGACGGACUCUUUCGACUGGUCGUGCAGUGAUGAAACGCCUGCAAGGCACAGCCUGAUAUUCCGCGGUUUGGUCCCGGUGUUAUACGCUGGGUCUGCAAGAGCAUCGCAUGAAGAGACAACAGAGGAAGCUCUGGGGUUUGCCAUAAAGCAUGCCAAGUCAAUGAAACUGUGCCAGAAAGGGGAUUCAGUUGUUGCUCUUCAUCGCAUUGGAACUGCAUCUGUAAUAAAAAUCUUGACUGCCAACUGAACAUUUUUGAACUUUUCUUGGGAAUUUUUCCUGAUGAAUAACGUGUUCUUCUCUUU